AACAUCAAUUAUGUCACUUUUCUCUAUUGGUCAAAGAAAUUCUCUGCCCAAUUUUACAUCUAUAACCCAAUAAUGGUAGUGCAACUAGCCUAACCAACAAGAUUCCAAGUUUCAACGUUCAACCAAAACAAACACAAAAGAAACUCAACAAAUACAAAAGGUCCUAUUAUAGAUUAUAAUGGAGUAAAUGGACCACAGACAUAACUAGCAGCCGAAAUAAGGGAUAGAUCAGAAAUGGAGGGUGAGCUCAAGAACUUCAUCAAGGUAUGGAUCACAGCCAUUUUAUGUCUAUCUUACUGUCACUACACAGUCUCAAGAUUAAUCCCAAAGGGUUGGCUGAGGCUCAUCUCUCUCCUUCCUGUCUUCUACCUAUUCAUCUCCAUGCCCCUAAAUCUCCAUUCCUUCCAUCUUUGUGCACUCACAACUUUCUUCUUAGUUUGGCUUGGCCUCUUCAAGCUCCUCCUCUUCUCCUUUGGCCUAGGCCCUUUGUCACCACCCCCACCAUCAGUCUUCCAUUUCAUCUCCAUAGCUUGCCUCCCCAUCAAAAUCAAACAAAAAUCACCUCCAAAAUCACUCCCAAAUCCCAGAACCACUCAAAACCCCAAAAAAUCUGUGAACCCAAUUGGUCAACGUGUCACAAAGGUACUGCCCAAUAAGUCAAUUUUGUUGGCCGUUAAGGCCUUGGUAUUGGGUGUGGUUAUUCGUACGUACGAGUACAAACCACGUUUACACCCGUAUGUGAUCCUAGUCUUGUGCUGUUGCCAUGUGUACUUAGGAGUAGAAAUAGUCCUAUUUUUGUGUGCAGCCCCAGCUCGAGCCAUUUUUGAGUUCGAGCUGGAACAUCAGUUCAAUGAACCUUACCUCUCCACUUCGCUUCAAGACUUUUGGGGCAAGCGAUGGAAUUUAAUGGUCACGAAAAUUCUACGCCCUACUGUAUACGAUCCCAUCCGAUAUAUGUGUGCACGUAUAGUUGGGGCACGGUGGGCAAGGCUCCUGGCUAUCAUGUCCACCUUUGUUGUAUCUGGGUUAAUGCACGAGGUGAUUUAUUACUAUCUCACGCGUGUGCAGCCCACGUGGGAAGUAACGCGGUUUUUUGUUUUACAAGGGGCAUGCAUGGUGGUUGAGGUGGAGAUGAAGAAGUCUGCAACCGUCACAUGGUUGUUGCACCCGGCGAUUUCGGGGUUGUUGACAUUGGUGUUCUUGGCUGUCACUGCCAACUGGCUGUUCUUUCCUCAGUUGCUGAGGAAUGGUGUUGAUAUAAAGGCUUUAGGAGAGUAUGAAAUUAUGGUGGAUUUUGUCAAGUCUAACUUACCCCAUUAUCAAUCUCGUUAAUUUUAGAUUUUGUUAAUCAAGAAUAUGUAUAUGAUCAGGCAAUUACAUUGGCACAUGCUUGAGAAGGUUCGAACCAUAUUUGUUUUGUUUUACUCCCUAAUUAUGAAUUGAACUGGACAUUUGGCAACCUAUAGACAAGAGGGCUAAGAUGAGCACUCGAUUGGUUUU